AUGGACAACUUCAAAGAUUUGCUAGCCAAAUGUGGCUCUAUGAUCUAUACACAUCGAGAGAUGAUUAAAUUGGAAAUCCAUGUUAUCCUCGCUGCUCUCUUCCCCAUCUACAUCGGAUCACAUGCAUCACUCCAACGCCCUCCUUCUGCCUCACCACCUCGCAAAUCCUCUUCUUCUAAUCGUCUCCAGACUUCAGAUGAAGAAGAUGAAGAAGAAUCAAGAGCUCAAAUGGAAGGUAUGACGCCUUCUGAUGCUAUUAUCUUUCCACUUUUAGCUGCUGUGGCGUUGGGAAGUCUCUAUUUUAUUAUAAAAUGGUUGGAUGAUCCAGCUAUUCUUAAUAAAAUAUUGGGAUGGUAUUUUUCUGCUCUGGGGAUUUUCGGAGUAGGGAGAUUGGCAAAGGAUUCAUUGGAUGUGGGAGUGGGAUUUAUUUUUCCAAACGUGUGGACGGGGGGAAAUAAUGUUUUUCAUGUCGAUCAGAAAGCGAGACAACAAGUUUCUGAAGAUGGACAGGGGAAAUUGGUCAGUGUUGGAAUCACGAGCCCUCUUCCUGGGCGACUUUCAAAGAUCAAUCUACCAACAGGAGUUACGAAUGCGUUGUGGAAUGUUCGUGGUCUUUUAAGAACAAAUUAUACGCUUCAUCUUCACAUUAAGACUAUACUUCCUCAUCAAAAGUCUCCCAUCAAGUUUACAUCACUUCUCGGUCUCUUGAUAGGGAUUGCCACAAUCACAGCUUACAAUCUGAUGAAUGCACCAUGGUAUCUUACAAAUCUUAUGGGAUUCGGGUUUUGCUAUGGAUCUCUCCAACUCAUGUCCUUGACUACAUUCUUCACUGGAUCAUUAGUUCUCUUUGGAUUGUUCUUUUACGAUAUAAUCAUGGUGUUUUAUACACCUUUAAUGGUCACCGUGGCUACAACUCUGGAUGUCCCAAUCAAACUUGUGUUUCCGGCAGGUGAAAGUGGAAGAGGUAGUAUGUUAGGAUUAGGAGAUAUCGUUCUACCAGGAAUCUUGGUUGCGUUGGCUUUGAGAUUCGAUUUGUAUUUGCAUUAUUUGUAUUUACAGAAAUCAACCUCUCCUCUUGUUUCUCCUUCCACAACCUCGAAGAAAGUCCUCGCAGGAACCUCAACAACCCCCCACCCCACAUCCCAAAAACCAGCCUACACACCAGCGACCGGCCUCUGGGGCGAACGUUUCUGGACUUCUUCUUUCUCACCUCUCUCCUCUUCCUCCAUGAAAACAGGCGUCGAAGGAACUCGUUUUCCAAAACCUUACUUCAAAGCCGCUCUUGCGGGAUACAUCAUUGGAAUGCUCGUAACAUUAUUCGUUAUGAAUGUAUGGAAACAUGCACAGCCAGCUCUCUUGUAUUUGGUUCCUGGUGUUGUAUUCAGCUUGUGGGGAACGGCGGCUGUGAGGGGAGAAUUAAGAGUUAUGUGGGAAUUUACUGAGGAUGGGAGUUUAGAGGAUGAGGGGAAGAAAGACGAGAAUGGCAAUAAGAUUGAAGGGGGCGAAAAGGGGGAAGUAGAUGAGCAGAACGAGAAGAAGGAUGAAAAAGCGAAGGAAAAGCGAAUCUCAAUAGGAGAAGUAACAGAGAGGGAGAAUCAACACGAAGAAAUCAAAACCAAACUCGCAGAAGCGAUUGGUACGCUAAUGGACAAUUCAGAUGCAAGCUCGAUACUAUCUGAUGGGUCGAUUUCCUGGCCGGAAGAUAAUGGAAAUGGAAAUGCGAGUGAAGCGGAUGAUGAAUUGGUCUAUGAUAGGUCGGAGAAGGAAAAACAAGAGAGGAUUGAGAAAAUGGCGAGGAAGGGACUGAAGGCGAAGGAGAAGAAGAAGAGGAAGAUAGAGAAGGAAAUGAAAGAUCAAAUUUUCCUCUUUUCUAUCAUGGGACCGGGAUCGAGGAGUGCUGAGACGAAAGGAGAGAAAAUGGGGAUGGAUGGAAAGGGAGAAGGCAAGAAGGAUAGAUGA